CAAACGCCAACGCCUAACAUUGAUAAAAUAUAUGUAUUGAUUAACAAUUGACAAUUGACAACUAAAAACUAAGUACCCAUGUGUUAUUCGUGUUUCUACUGCACGUCUAAGUACUUAUUUUUUGGUUCUUGAUUAUAUUUUUGACGACUACAUUUAAGCUCGAUUUAAUAUCGUGUAUUUAUUUAAAUAUUUGUUAUCUUACUACUAAUACUUGACUUUGGCAUAUGCAAGAGAAAUUAAAAUUGUUCCUAAUGAACGAGGAAUAAAUAAAUAAAAUUAAGUUUUUGUUUGUCAGAAACACAUUCCAAACAUUAAAAGCAAUACCGAGAAAAUUCACAGUUAUGUCUUCGGUAAAAUGGUUCGAUGGCGAUUCCGUGCAGGCAUUACAAAAAGUACAGGAUGAAAAUUGUGUUUUUUUUGCUUAUAUAGGUAUGGUACUUAUAAUAUUUAUUUAUUCUAUAGAAAUAAUUGAGAUAUUAGUAUUAAAUUAUUAGUUAAUGUUAAUAAAACCCAAAUAAUAAUAUAUGCUUAUUAUAAUCACUAUUAUUUUAUUAUAAGAUUAAAAAAAUUAGGUGAGAUAUCUUAAACCAUCCGCCUUAUCCCACAUAAAAACAUUGAAAAUAUCUCAUUUUUCAAUGCUUAUGAUUUCAUUAUCAUAUGUACUUUCCUAGAUUUAUAUUAUCAUAUAGCAUACUAUAUAACUAUAAGUUGUAGGUAUAAGUAAAUUAUAAUACUAUAGCAUAUUUUUGUGGCUACUAAGUCUACCUAUGAAUUUAUCAUUGUGGUCAGUAGGUUUAUUUAUUUAUAAAGUUUUGCAAUCUCACUAAUAAUUCUCCGCUGUGUUAUAUCUUUUCUAUUUUUUUUUAAACAAUUUAAAUUUUAUCAAACUUAUCAUAGUAAAAGUAUAAACUAUUGGUAAUUAUACGGUUACACUUACUAUUAGUAUUACACAUUUUAUUUUUCAGUAAAUUACUUAUCAUUAGUGUGUUUAAUGGAAUCACUAAUUUUGAACUGACUAAUAUGCAAUAGAAUUUAAUGUUUAUAGUUUAUAUAGAAUAUGAAUAAUUGUACAAUAACAAAAAUUAUUAAUUUUUUUGAUGUUAUUAUGAUGUUUUUUUUCUGUCUGUAAACAAAUUUUGAUCAGAAAACUUGCCCGGUCAAAAAAUUGAUAAGAGAUCUUUUUUUAUUGGAUUUUUGAUCUAGUUGAUGCAUAAAAAAGGUCAUUUUUUGAUUUUCCAAGUAGCUUUCAUAAUAAUUGGGAAAAACAGAAAAAGAGUGUAAAAUAAAAACUGUCAAAUUUACGCUUUAUGAUUUCAUCUUAUAUCUUCAUCCCAACUAUUUGGGGGUCGGUUGCUCUUGUCCUCAUAUCAUCAACAAUUACAACCAACGGCCUCUUUUUUAGUCUCCCUCUCCCACAAUUUCCUCUUAAAAUGUUUACUGAUUCUGAUUCCUCUGUUCUCGUGAUAAGCCCAAACCAUGUCAGUCUAUUUUCACCACUAUCAAAGCUACACUUAAUCUACUUAUGUUCAUAUUUUGUAUCCUAUCUUUUUUUUGUUGCACCACUUACCCACCUUAGCAUUCUUAUCUUUACUAUACUCAAUCUAGAUGGUCUCACCACACUACUGUAGAACUUACCUUUAAGUCUUAUUAGAAUCAUCUUUUCAUAUAAAACACCUGCCAUUUCUCUCCACAUGCUUCAAUGCUUGAAAAUUAUAGUUCAUUAUAAAUCAUAUUUUGUGCUCAAAAAAAAAAAAAUAAGUGUAAUGUAGAAUUUAUUUUUAUAAGAAUUUUAGUAUCAAAUUUUUACAAAAACUUUAAUAUUACUGUCUUUUAAAAUUGUUUAUCUUUAGCCAUGAUAAAUCAUUGCGUACAGAUAUUCAUUAAAGAUAGGAUAUAGAAAUCCCACCUACAACAGCUUUUUUUUUUUAUAUUGCAGUUGUAUUAUAUGCAGGUGUAAAUGUGAUUAUCUAUUAUUAUAAUUUUGUUUUAAAUUUAUUUAUAUAUAUAUUAAGUUUUAUUUUCAGAUAAAGUGAAUACAAAAUGUUCAGAUAUAUUCUAUGAGCCGGAUAUCAUUCAAUUGCUAAAUAAUGAAAUUAUUGUAUGUUUUAAAAUGGAACCAAAUAGUCCAAGCUAUGCAAAUUUCAACAAAAUUUGUAUCCUUUAAAAAAUGUUUAGUAAAGUUUAUAAUUGAAGUAUGAUAAUAAAGAAAUACAUUUUAUCUUUUUAAGAAAAUAAAUUAUACAUCUUUUUAAGAAAAUGUAUAAUUUUUUCUUCAAAAUUAUAUUUAUCAAUGGAAAUAUUUUUUUAAAAUAAUACUAUUUAAUAACUAUGUAUAUUUUGCUUAAUUUAUUAACAUUUAGUCAAUCAUAUUACUAUUCCAUCUAUAUACGUGCUAGAAAAGAAUAAUGUAGAACAGUUUAAUAUUAAACUCAAGAAGUCGAAAUUAUUAAAAUCAAAUGAAGUAAAAUUGGAUUUUUUGGAUUUGAAAAUAAAGUUAUUAAAUGCUAUUUACAGUGCUGUAAAAAACAUUUCUGGUAUAUAUAUAAUUUUUUAAAUCAUAUUAUUAAUAGCAAUAUUUUAACUGUCUAAUAAUUAAAUUACAGAUUCUUUAGAAGACAAAGAGAAAUAUUUUCAGUUUAUGACUAAUGUUUCUGAUAAGGUAACAUAAUUAAAACUUUAGGAUUAGGACCAAUAAUUAGAUACCUGCCUAUCAUUAAUAUUAACUAGUAUUAUCAUUUUUCAAUAUAGAAUAAGUUAAUACUUUUAUGAUUUAUUUUGUUUUUCAGUUGCAAAAUAUGAUUGUUCAAAGAAAAGAAGCUAUUGGAGGAGUUCAAAAGUAAUUAUUGGGAAAAUAUAUCACUUUAUAUUUAAAACUCAGUUAUACAAUGUGUCUAUUUAAAGUGUAAUAACUUUUUUUUCUAUUUUUAAACCCAGGCUAAUAUGUUUGUAUUUUAUUACUUUAAACUAAAAAAUUAAAAAUGUAGACAUUUUAUAAUCCAAUUUCCCUAGUUAUUUUAUAAAUUAAUUUUUAAAUUUUGUUGAAAUUCAAAUUCAUUUCUUGCUAAUUUUACCAAUGAUAAAUGAUAAAAAUAUUAUCAAACUACAAUAUUGUAUAUAAAAAUCUAAUUAACCAUUUGAAAAUUUAAGUACGCAAAAUAUUUCAUGUUUCACAAAACUUUAAAAAUUGUUUAAAAAUAAUUGACUCAACUUUAAUAAACUUUUUUGACAACAACAUUUUUCCAAAAAACCGGUUUACUAAAUUUUUUUCUUAAAUAUUUUUUUAAUUUUACAUUUUAGAUUCUGAGUGGAGCAAAGAAUGUUAUUGGUUUUACAAUGAUGUUCAUAUUUCUUUUCUUUUUUUUUUUUAUGUGAAUACAUUUUCUACCAGAACUCUUAAUCUGAUUAUCAAGUAUAGCACUUUUUCUGAAAGGAAAUAUUCUCUGGAUGGUACUUUAAAGAGGUCAUUUUUUGAAAUUUUCUUUAAUAUUUGAGAUAAUGAGGAAAACGUGGAUUUUAGGCCAAAAAAGAUUGAAAGAUUAAAAAUAAGAUACAAACUAUGUCGUACUUUUUUAUUUUAAAUUUCUUUAAUUGUUAAAAUUUAACUCUUAAAAGAUAAAAUAUUUAUAUUGUUAUUGUAAUGAUGUAAUAAUAAUUUUUUUUCUUUAAAAAAAAAACUUAAAAUUAUUCAAUUAAAAAAGGUUAUUACAUUUGUUAAAUAGUUCGGUUAACAUCCUGUGUAUUGAAACUAAAGAUAAAAGCUGAUUUACAUGGUACCAGUUGCCAGUUUCUGAAUGUCAGUGACUGGUAACAUGUAAACCUUACAUGCCAGUUGAUGGCAAAGGUGAGGAACUAGUGUGUCAACACCAGUCAAACAAAUAUUUUUGUUCUACUUGCACAUUGGCUUUCCAGUUAACUGCAAACUGUGAAUUAAGACUAAUUUUCAUAUUGUCAAUGAUUGGCAUGCAUAUUGUAGGGUCAAUGGCAUAUGACAACUAGAAUAUCCAGGUUACUGGCACCCUUUAAGCCUGGUUUACAUGUAGUAAGUAACUGGCAUACUAACUAGUUAAUUAACUGGAAAGUCAUUAGAGUGUGGCCAGCUACUAAUAUAGUUUUAGUGUGCUAUUGUAUGUAUAAUUCGAGUAGUACACAGUUGUAAUUAACUUAAAAAGCCAAUACGCCAGUAGAACAAAAAUAUUUGUUUGACUGCAUUAACAUCUGGUGUUCUAUUUCCUCACUGGCUUUGCAUCAACUGAUGGGUUAAAUUUACACAUUACUAAUCACUGGCAUUCAAAAACUAGCAACUGGUACCAUGUAAAUCAGCCUUAAGUGUUACACACACAUUUUAAUUUAAUAGCCCUGUCAUAAUCAUUCUAAAGAUUCAUUAUUUUAAAAAAAUAUGGAAAAUAAUUUUUAUCCAAGACUGUGAUUUUAUCAUGAAAAAAGAACAUAAUUUUAACUUCUAUGAUUUUAUGAAAUUUCAAAUAUUUAUUAAAAAAAAUUAAUGAUAAAUGGUUUGUCACAAUAAUGUUUUCCUUCUUAAUAUAUAGUACAAAUUGCAUCCAUUAAUUUUUAUUGUAGUCCCUUUAUUUUAUUUUUGUGUAAAACAUAUUUACUGAGUUUUAUUACAAAUUCUUGAUAAUGCAAUAAAUACUUUUAAUACUGACACCAAGCCAUUUUUUUUUUUUGAAAUCUUCAUUAAAAUUGCAUUACUUAACCUCUUAAAUAUUGAAUGACUUGCACCUUAAUUAUUUUUAUAUGAAAAUAAUUUCAUAUUUUAUAAUGCAAAAUAUUAUAUUAAUUCUAAUAUAAUAAAAUAUUUGGGUCAUUACAGCUUGAUUAAAUAUACAAAAAUUAAAAUCAAAGUUCCAUGUUUGAAUAUUACUAUAGUUAAGGAAUUUGAAACAACUGAUACUUUGAAUGAAGUAAAAAUGUUCGUAUUAGAGAAUAUCACAAUUCCUAAAGGGUAAUUUUUUUAAAUUUGAUUAGGUAUUUUUAUUGAAUUUUUUUCCAACUAAUAAAGUUUAUAUUUUCUUUUAGGCCUAUAAAAUUUAUAUCUGAGAGACAAUUUACUGAUGAAGAUUUCAAUCUAACAUUAAGUGCUUUAAAUUUGUGUCCAACAUCAACAAUAUAUGUGCAUAAAGUAUGUUUAUUAAUUAUUGUUAUUGUACUCCUAUAUUUUGUAGUUUUUAUGUAUACACAUGAGUAUGCUGGUUGUCCUGGUCACAUUGCUUAGGCUCUGAUUUUUAUAAAUACAAUAUGGAAAUAUUAUAUUGUAGGUUCCUACCUAAAAUUAAUUAAACAAUAUAUGAAUGUUUAUUUGAUUUGUCAGUGCUAAUUUAUGUUAUUUUUUUUUUUUUCAUUCAUAUUCAUUUUUGGUUUUGAAAUUCAGAAUUGAAUGAAAACAAAUAAUGGAAUAUGGGUAGUCCAAUUGUUAAAUGUUUUCAUGAUUUUCAUACAAAAAAUAUCUAAACAGCAAAUUGUUUGUUUUUGAGAUUUUUGGAUUUCAAAGGAAGGGAAGUCUAACCUAAUCCUAUCAGAAAGUGAGGAAGUUUGGAAGUGGGAAAGCAUAUGUACUGUAUCAUAGUCAUCACUAACAGAUGGCAUGAAUAAUUUGAUUGUUAAUCUAUGUGAAUAAAAAGACAUAUACUUCACACGAUAGGUGAGCCACUGUUGUAGAUGAGAAGUUAGGAAGGUAGGAUAUAGAUGGGAAGUUAAUGUAAAUUUGUCCACAAUGAUUAAUUUCCCCACAUUUUUCUCAUUUGUUAAAAAGUUGUCCACAAAAAAAAGUAAACAUUAUUGUAGAUUUUCCAAAAACUUUCUGUGGAUAACUUUUCUACCAGCAAUUUUUAUUUACAAUGAUAGACGUUUUUCUGAAAGGAAAUCAGACUGAGGUGGUACUUGAGUAUAUUUGGGUGCUAUUUGAGUACUUUAUCAAUGGUUAAUAGUUGAGUUUAGAUAUACAUUAAAUCUCUCCUUUACAUUCCCAACUUAUUACCUACAACAAUGGCUCACCCACAUGGGAAGUAUGUCCAGGUUUUUGUAUAUUAUAACUGGUUGUUUUGUUCAUCUUUGUUACCAAGGUAAUGUAUCAUGAAUCAAUAAAAGUUGUUCAAUUUUUGUGCCAAAUAUAUCUUAAAACCAUAUUUUAAGGGUUGAAGGGUUGAUUAAUCGGGAUAAAAACUAUCCUAUAUUUUAAGUUGGAUCAAAUCACAUAAAUGAGCAUAAUCUUUUCAAAAUUGGUUCUGUAGUUGUGCAUGCAAACCCACUUAUUGUAUACUUAAUUUUUUUAAAUACAUAUAAUAUAAAUUAAAAAUAAAAAAUAUUAUUUAUAACAUUAAUAUAGGAUCCAUCAGACCAACAUCAACCCAUCAUACUCGGCUUUAAAUCCUGGAUUUAUGGUAUGUUUCAUAUUUUGAUCAGUCACCCAUUUAAUUAUGUGAGAAAUAUUAUCAAUCCUCCUGCUGCUGUUGAACCAAAAACACCUGACCAUCAAAAAAAAACGACAAAAACUAAGUAAGUACCUAUAAAUACCUCUCAAAUUAUUAGAAAAAAAAGUUAAUUUUUAACUGUUAUAAUUAAUUUGUUUGAAAAAUGAAUUAGCAUAUUUACCAGAUGUAUAAAAACUAGGGGCUUGUAUCAAGCCCCUGCUUGAUGUCUUGUAUUUUUUUUGGUUAUUAUCAAUUAUCACUACUAAGUGAUGUAUUAAAAAGAAUUGUAUGAUACAAUUUUAAAAGGUUUUAAAUAAUGUUUCAUCCAAUAAAUAGAAGAAAAAAAACUGUUGAAAAUUAUAACAGUUAAAAACAAACUUUUAUUUAUAGCACAAGUUUUGAUUCUUUUUGAAUGAUCGUUAAAAAAUAAUUUUAUUUUACAGAAAGUUCCCCUUUAAAUCAAAUAUCCAUACAUUACGAAACAAUAAAUCAGAUGAUGAAAACAAUACAUACAAUGGAAAUUCUACACAACAAAUGUAAUUCAUAAACUAUCCAACUGAAAACAAAAACCAUAUUUAAAUAAAAAAACUUCAUUUAUUAUUCACAAUAAUAUGUUCCUUUUUUAACCAAUGUCUAAUGAUAGAAGUUAUAAACAUGAAACAAAAAUAUAAUUCCUAAUGGAAAUCACUCACUGUUUUUACCUACAUGGUUAUAGCACUCACUGUUUUUACCUACAUGGUUAUAGCACUUGGUAUUUUUUUUUCUUACACUAGAAAAUAAAUUAGAAAUAUGAGUGUGUAUAAUUUAGCCCAACUACUAUUUAGACAGUCUUUGUAUGAUGUAAUAUUAAAAUAGUAAAUAAAACAAAUCUUUACAUUUAUUUUACAUAAUAUAUUAUAUGUAUUUGUAUUUUUUUUUUCUUACACUAGAAAAUAAAUUAGAAAUAUGAGUGUGUAUAAUUUAGCCCAACUACUAUUUAGACAGUCUUUGUAUGAUGUAAUAUUAAAAUAGUAAAUAAAACAAAUCUUUAAAUUUCUUUGACACAUAA